AGGCCAGCGGGCUUCUUCCUGCACCUGGGAUGGUGCCAUGUGACAGGGCGGCUGCGGAGCCGUGACCCCAGCGCUCCAUCGUCUCAAAUUCAAGCCCUUUUGCUCAGCACCGAUCUGAACCGAUCAAGACCAACCCCAGCUCCCCACAUGACUCACCUACCAGAGCCCUACAUCAAGUCAGUUUAAACUGAAAAUGAGUGCAGUAGGGGAAAGCCCCCUGGACCCUGCCACGCCAGAGUCACGCAAGAGGAAGGUCUCGCCAUGCGACACAUCGGGGCAAAGUCUGGAGAAGCGGAGACGGGAGCUGGAGUGCCGUUACAUCGAGGAGCUGGCUGAGCUGCUGUCGUCCAACAUGGGCAACAUUGCCAGCCUCAGCGUGAAGCCCGACAAGUGCCACAUCCUCAAGAGCACCGUGGACCAAAUCCAGCAGAUCAAACGGCGUGAGCAGGAAAAAGCAGCUCUCCUUUCUCCAGAUGACGAUGUGCAGAAGAGCGACAUCUCUUCUAGUAGUCAGGGGCUGGUGGAGAAAGAGGCGCUGGGGCCCAUGCUGCUAGAGGCCCUAGAUGGGUUCUUCUUUGUGGUCAACCGUGAGGGCCGCAUCGUUUUUGUCUCCGAGAACGUUAUGGGUUAUCUCGGAUACACCCAGGAAGAGCUGAUGACCUCAAGUGUCUACAGCAUCCUCCAUGUGGGAGACCACAAUGAAUUUGUUCGCAAUCUGCUGCCGAAAAGCCUCGUAAACGGCGUCCCAUGGCCACAGGAGCCUGGUUGCAGGAACAGCCACACCUUUAACUGUCGCAUGUUGAAGAGGCCGCCGGACGAGGUGGACUCGGAGAACAUGGAGGCCCGGCAGCAGUAUGAGAUCAUGCAGUGUUUCACCGUGUCCCAGCCGCGGGCCCUGCAGGAGGAGGGGGACGACCUGCAGAGCUGCUUGAUCUGCAUCGCCUGUCGGAUGCCUCGCGCUCAGCCUGUCAGCACAGAGUCCUUUAUUACGAAGCAGGACCCCACAGGGAAGAUCAUCUCCAUAGAAACGAGCGCUUUGCGAGCCGGCCCGGCAGGCCGGCCCGGCUGGGAGGACUUGGUCAGGAAGUGCAUCUACGCGUUCAUUCAGCCGCAGGGCAAAGAGCCCUCCCACGCCAAGAAGCUGCUGCAAGACGUGAUGACUCAUGGCACCGCUGUCAGCCCGCUGUACCAUUUCACGCUAAGUGACGGCACGACGCUCAGCGCUCAGACCCGCUGCAAGUUCUGCUGCCCCCCCAACCCUGACGUUCAGCCCUUCAUUAUGGGCAUUCACACUAUUGACAGGGAACACAACACUGCUAGCUCUCAGGAAAACACUAACCCCAGCCUUCCACCGACCCCCAACAGUAUUGCUCAGACUCCCUCCCGAUCCCCUUCGCUCCCUCCAGGCAGCAACUCGAAUCAAGGCGCCGUACCGCUCGCAACCUCAAGCCUUCAUACCAACAACAGCAACGCCCCCUCCCUCGGACACAGUCCAGCCACACCCACAGGCUACCUGACCACCUGUCGGACAAACGGUUCCCCCCAGGUGAACAGUCUCUCUCCUCUCAGCAGUCCACACACAGCCACCUCUACCUCUUUUAUGUCACCCAGGAUGCCACGGACUAGUCCUGGGUUAGGGGGGAGCCCUCGGGUGCCGGGGAACCCCUUCUCUCCCUCUACGCCGGGUCUCCAAUCCCCAGUGGGGACUUUGAGUAGUGGGGGAUGCCUCACUAGGCGCCACUCCGGUGGUGAUAGUUAUACUGGUGCAAAUGGUGGAUCAUCAGGGUCUUUCCAUGGACUUCAGAGACAAGCCAGUGCACCCACCGGCUCCUCAACCCGGCCACCAUCAACAAAACCCUCAGAGGCAGAAGAUGGGGGGGAGGACUCUGCUAAAUUCCCCCUUCCUUCUGCCUCACAUCUGGGUAACACCAGACAUAACCAGCUCCUGGACAGCAGUGGGACAGGAGUUGAAUCACUCAACAGCAUCCACUGCACCUCAUCACCUCAUCCUCUGAACCCCUCCCCUGUUCCUCAGUGCCCCGCCUCUCACAGCAGCCUGACGGAACGACACAAGAUCCUGCACAAGCUGCUGUUGGACAGCAGUCCAAACGACGCCUCCACCGCCGCUGAGGAAGGAUUAAACAAAAACGACGUUGAGAUCAAGAAGGAGCCGCCUGCCAGUCCGGCUCUGAGCACAGCGCCUCACAAGCCCGGCUCCAGAGAACCGCAGGACCACCAGCUGCUCCGGUUUCUUCUAGACACGGACGAAAAGGAUUUGGGGGAUCUUCCGCCUCCAUCGGCUCUGAGCCUUCAGACGGUUCGAGUGAAGGUGGAGAAGAGAACCAGUGGCGAUGGACUGGCCUGUUCCGGUUCAACCGUUGCAGCUGGAGGAGCGGGCAAACCAGCAGGCGUCUCCUGCAGCCCGGCUUGCAUCAGCCCCAAAUCGAGUCCCGAUCAACACAUCGGAGAGAACCGCCGAGACAGCAGAGACUCCACGAUAUCAGUUGGACCUGUUGAUAAGGACCCUCUCAACCAGCUUCUGCCGGGCCUCAGAGGGUCGCUCGGGGCCAGUCAGGGCAGCAAGGAUUCAGUAAACCCCGGAGGAGGACUUCAGUCUCCAACCUCCCAGCCUCCAGCUCAGCUCCAGUCCCCCGUGUCUCAGCUGCAGUCCCCACUGUCCCAGCCUCAGUCUGUUCCCCAACUCCAGUCCCCGUCGCCUCAGUUCCACCCCACCUCCCCCCUCAAACUACAGUCACCGAAUCACCUCCAGCCAGGCGAGGCCUGCACUCCUUGCAGUGUAAAUGUGAAGAGGGAGCCUCCUGGGACCCCUAACAGAGGGCUGGGUGAAAACGGCCCGCCCUCCGGCUGCAGCCUUCAGACGCAGUCAUCGUUCGAGUUCUGCAAUCCUGCCACUCCAAGCCAACCGCAGGGCCAGGGAGACUCUUUCCAGACCUCCAAAGACAGCAGCCCUUUUCCUGAGGCUGAAGUUACCAACCUUUUUGGUUCAAGCACUGGGCUAACCAAGAUGGAUGUGGGAGACUCCCAGUUCGAGCCUUUGACUCUGUCGGACACCUUGUCCUUCGAUGGACUUGGACCUCCUUUACAGACCUCCUUAGCAUCACCACAAGAGCAGUGUGUGCCCUGUACACUGGAUGAAGAGCUCGUCCCCCCGACCACACCUGAAGGCCGAAACGAUGAGAAGGCUCUGAUAGAGCAGCUCGUCUCCUUCCUCAGCGGGACCGACGAGAGCGAACUGAUCAAACUGGACAAGGCCCUGGGCAUCGACAAACUGGUACAGGGUGGCUGCUUCGACCCAUUCCCUCAAAGUUUCCUACCCCAGCAGCCUACUGCCACACCGGUUCCCAUGGACCCCAAACCCUCCACCUUUACCCCCCAGUUCACGCCAGCCUCACAAGCUACAUUUCCUCCAGAGCUGGCCACAGUGGGGCAACAGGGUCUGGGGUUAGGAGCCCCCCGUGGGGCGUUCCCGGUCGGUGCAGGGGCUGUCGGGUUGCGCCUGGGUAUGACCAGACCGCAGGGAGUGGGCACCCAGGUCAGGGUGCCACCCAACCAGCUGCGCCUGCAGCUGCAGCAGAGACUGCAGGGCCCGCAGCAGCUCCAGAACCGGCUGGCGGCCAUGAAUCUAUUUCCAGGAGGAGCCCAACAAGUCAACAAUGGGAUCCGUCCGGAGGUUCAGCAAGCGCAGAUGACCUCACAACAGCCUCCUCUCAACGCCCAGAUGCUGGCCCAGCGGCAAAGGGAACUUUACAGCAUCCAGCACCGUCAGCGCCAGCUUUUCCAGCAGAAGGUCAUGCUCAUGAGACAGAACAUGGCAGGCGCGCCGACCGGGGCCGUGGGACCCAUUGGAACUGCCAGGGUCCCGAAGGUCCCACCCACCAAGUCUCAACAGCAGUUCACCUUCCCGUCUGGGUACAACCCGUUGACGGGAAACACCCCUACCUCACCGAGCCACUUCAGCCCCAUGUCGGGGGGCCCUCCGGACAGCAAGCUGUCCGUCAGAAUUCCUCUGAACAACCAGACGCUGAUGGGCGGCCUGCAGUUCGACAGCAACGUAAACUCCUCGUUACAGCAGGGCCUCUUUCAGCAGUUCGGAGAGUCUGCUGUGGUCCAACAGGACCCUCCGUUUCCUCCUGAGAUGAGCCCCACCAGCCCAUUGUUAUCACCUCAAAACUCCACUCCCCAGAGUCCUUUGCUUCAGCAGGCCCCGCCUCCUGGCUACCAGUCACCAGACAUGAAGAGCUGGCAACAAACAGGCAUGGGCAGCCUGUUCAGUCAGUCGGGGCAGGGAGCAGCUCUGCCGUUCCCCCAGCAGGGGGUGUACAACAACAUGAGCAUCACCGUCUCCAUGGGUGGAGGCUCGGACGGCGUCGGCUCAUUACCUCCCAUGGGACAGGCGGUCGGCCUGAGCACCAGUAACCUCAGCAACGCCAGCUCCGUGUGCAGCGACCAGCAGGUGCAGCAGGUUCAGGUGUUCGCAGACGUCCAGUGCACGGUGAACCUCGUUGGCAGCGACUCCUACCUGAACCAGGGCUCCAUCGGAGCCACGGCCCCACAGAAGGGCCCCGGACCGCAGGGCUCCCAUAACACGCAGGCCCAGCAGAAGAGCCUCCUCCAGCAGCUCCUCACUGAGUGACCCCCCCCACCCUCAGCCCGUCAGCUCUCCUGCUCCCGCUCACUUCAACGCUUCCUCCUCGGAGGUCGGCGCACCAGACCCAUUGCUGUCUCUGUCUCACCUUUUUGGACGGACGGAUGUUUGGAUGGCCACGGAGUAA